AUGCGCGAGGCGGACAUGAUCGUCUCCUUCGAAUGGGUCGAUCUCGCGAGAACACUGCAGGCCGCGUACCCACAGAGUGAGGAAGCAACUGCCAAGGUUGUCCAUAUCAGCCUCGACUCGGCGCUGCAUAACGGCUGGUCCAAGGACCACUUUGGUUGUCCGGUGUACCACUCAAUCACAGCAGGUGCAGACAAGUUCGUCUUCGGUUUGCUUCAAAAUGAUUCAGUGUCGCCUGUGGCCCGAGAAUGGACGGAUUCCCCGCCUAUCCCUGGAUCAGUCCCGGCCGACGGUGAGGAUAUCUACAUAAGCCACCUCUCCCAGGCGCUAUGCGCGCGAAGCACCCCCUGGCCUACCUGGGCCAGGACGGGGGGUGGCGGCGUGGCCUCUGGCCUCGGACAAGCGGUCGGAUCCGCACUGGCAUUGAAAGACAGCGAUCUGCUGCCCGUGGCGAUCCUGGGCGACGGCGAUUUUCUGAUGGGCGGAUCUGCGCUGUGGACGGCGGCACGGUACGACCUGCUCCUGCUGGUAAUCGUGGCUAACAACGCGUCCUUCAAUGACCAAGUCACCAGGAGCGUGUGGCCCGCGCCCGCAGCAGGCCUGUCGAAAACAAGUGGAUUGGGAUCCGGAUCGACGACCCUUUACUGGAUCUGA